GGUGGCGGAGUGGGGAUGGUUCGGUUCCGCGUGCCUCCGAAACGAACCGAGGCAUCAGUCCGUAGCGACGCGUCCCGGGCGUCAGUCGCUGCCAUGAUUUUCGUUUUGUUCUGUGGUUUUCGGCCGAAUGCCGUGGUGCAUUAUGGAUUCGCGGUCCUCGGUCUGCUCUCUGUUCUACUGGUGUCGUGUCCAGUUAACUGCCAGGAAACACUGACCAAUCGGAUGCGUGUAAUCAGCGAGGAUCUGGACCGGCAGCUGAACGGAAUCAUGGCAUCGCAAGGUCUCAACUACACAACGAUUAACACGACCGGGCUGCCCUACAACGCCACCACGAAGUUCAACCCCAAGGGCAUGGGCCAGCUGUACAACGUGACCAACACGUUCAUCGACUGGGUACAGACGAAACAAGCGUAUCCUGAGGGAAUGUUCACUGUCGUGAAUGGACGACCCACAUUUCAAUACAGUUUGCAAGAAUGGAGGAUCGUGGCCACCCAUUACGGUGGAUUGGCUGGUUUAACUUUUGUUGGACUCCUUCUGGCUGCGAUUUUACCGUGUGUGGGCUUGUUCUUCUGUUGCUGUAGAUGCGCCGGCCAUUGCGGUGCCAGGAGUCAACCGUUCGACAAGAAACACGAUCAUUGUAGAAAAGUGUUGUUGAGUAUGGUGCUAAUAGCGGUCGCUACUAUUAUUCUGUUCGGCGUGGUCUGCGCCUUUGUGACGAACGAGUACAUGCAAGACGGGACCAAGGAGCUUCCCAACAACGUGGAAGUUAGCCUGAAAGACGUGAAGUUGUAUCUGAGCAGCACGAAGGAGGAGAUCAAUAAGAUCCUCAAGACUAAUUUCGACGAGCUCGAGAUUAAUUUGAACAACAUCCUCCAGGCCAGUGGCAGAAUCGUGACUGAACAACUCGCGGAAUACUCCCACGCAGUCUCGUUGACCAAUCUGAGCGACAUCGUGGCUGGGUUGGAGUCCAUCAAGGAGGAUCUCAAGACCAUGCAGACGAUCACCCGCGAUCUAAGGACGAACGCUAGUCAACUGGACAUCGUUGUACGAGGCGUUAAGAACAAUCUUCUUCACACGCUUGCGGCUUGCAAGACCCAAAAUUGCAAACAGGUGUUGCACGAUUACAAAGUGAAUCAGAUGUCGGUUCAAGUAGACUUCGACAAGUACAUGGACCGAUACUUCCCGAAGUUGCCAAACGUCACGUCCGCCUUGAACAAUAUCACGAUGCUGAUGAAGGACAACAUCGUGUCGGAAGUCAGCCAGGGUAAAGAGUCGUUUCUGAAAAUUCAGAAAGACAUUCAAUACGCCGUGAAUCAGACCAUCCCAGUGGUCAGCGCGAGCAUCCGAAAUGCCGGCGAUUUUCUAGCCGACCUCGCGAGAAACAUGACAAUGCUCAUCGAUAGGAUAAACAACGACAUAGACAAGGUCUACAUGAAGCAAAUAGACGUUGCACGGACGAACAUCGAUCAGUAUUCACCGUACAGACAAAUGUAUUUUCCCUCUAGGUACUAUCUAGGACUCGGGAUAUCGGGCAUUUUAUUAACAGUUCUAAUGUGUCUGACUUUCGGUCUUUUCUGUGGCAUUUGUGGAAAGCGGCCCGAUGGUUACGGGGACGACUGUUGUAACAAAGGAUCCGGUGCGCGAUUUCUCAUGAUGGCUGUUUGGAUCAUAUUCCUUCUGACCAGCAUUCUAAUGGUGAUCACGGUAAUACACAUGGUCGUCGGUGUUCUGGCGCAAAGGGCUGUCUGCGAACCUUUGAAAAAUCCACAGGAUAACAGGAUGUUCGCUCUGGUCGACGAGAUCGUACAAAUAAAAAAGAUACUGUAUCCCAAUAAACCGAAUGCCGAUGUGAACAUGAGCUAUAUCAUAACAAACUGCCAUCGAAACGAAACGUUGUACAAAGUUCUCAAGUUGAAUUAUCUGUUCGACGUGAACACGUUGCGCGAAUACACCGGCCGCUACGAUAUCAACAACACGAUCCAACAGCUUCGGCGCAAGAUCAGUCUCUCACCCGGCGUGGUUAUUCUCACGGAAAGCGCAAAGUCGAAAUUGAACGAUCUCGCGCAGAGUGGCCUCAGCGAUAUCAAGUUCUAUCAAUACGUGGAGAUUCUCGCUGAUAAUAUCACGAAUAUCAACUUGGAACAUCUUGCCAAACAAUUGUUGGACGUGUCAACGGAAUUACCAAAGGGACAGGACGACAUUCGAGCAAGUUUGGAGAAAAAUGCACUGGAUUUGGCGUAUUAUCACGAACAUUUGGUGAAACCAAUGGCGAUGCUCAGCGAACAAUUGGCAGCCAAGGCUGUGACCCUCGAGGAGAAGAUAAAGUUUAAUCACAGUUCGAUGGCAGAGGCCAUUCACAAUCUCGUCGACGAGGUGACGAAGGCGCAAAAGUUUUUGAACGAAGAUGGGCCAGAAUACGUGCAACAAUUGGCUACUAAAUUUGGAAACGCUUUCCUUCGUCAAGUGGACGAUUUCCUCGAGAGAGUUAUCGAUCAUGCUUUGUUCCACGUAGGAAAAUGCACGCCCGUUUCGAACGCGUACAACGCCACGCUGGUCGCUGGAUGUAGCAAAAUUUUAGAUCCAUUUAAUGGUUUCUGGGUGAGUGUAGGCUGGUGUUUAAUCCUCUUCAUCCCGACCAUCGUGCUCUGCGUAAAACUGAGCGCGCUCUAUCAAAAAUCGGAUCCCUAUCCAGGACCCCUAGUCGAAGCUGAAUAUUUGUAUGACGCGUAUGCAGACAGGGAUAACAUACCCCUUACCCACGUUCACGACAAGAAAUACGUGUCGCAUAGCAGAGAUCCUUACGCAAAAUACGAAAGCUACGACGGUCCCGCGGGUGGAUACAGCGAUCGGGAAAGGGUACCCGGGGAGGCGCAUCAGAGCACGUCCCACUAUCAUCACUAUUCCAGAUAUUCCGACGUGGCGCCGAAUUCCACCCCCACGUGGCGAAGCCACGAACAUACCGCUCCCUCCAAAAAAGAACCUCACAAUAAAGUCUUUAGCAUAUCGGUAGAAACGCAAAAUUGUGACUUCCCUAACGGUGGUCCUCCCGGGUAUCAACCAGCUGCCGCAGCUCCUCCACCACUAAGCACGGAAUACGAGCGACCACCUCCCUAUUAUUACUAUCCUGGGCCAGGGGACACAAAUUAGGAAACAAGUGCCGUGGCAUGCACAAAGGUAGCGCUGAAUAGCGUGGCUACCCACAGUCUCACCCGCAGUUACAAAAGGACGCUCAAAAAGAAAGAGAAAUCCGGAUGUAAACGAGACUAUGUUUAAUUGUAGCGUUCCUGUUUGAGCGUGCCACGGACCGUGCGAACGGCAAAAUCAAUUAAAGACCAAGUUUACGAUAUACAGACUGAGGUAGGCUAAAUGGAUCCUUCGGCGAGCCGCAAGUAAUGUGAUCAACGUGUACGAUUCGUUUCGAUUUAGUAUUAUUUUUAGACAUCGUGCGUAUCACGAGAGAAAUAUUACGUUGUUCAUGAAUACUGUUUUUUUUUCCCUUUUCUUUUGCGAUUUACUUGUUCUUUUUUUUUAUAGCGCUUCAGCGAUUUCUUUCUUUCUCUUUCCCUUUUCCCUUUUUAAUCACCGAACUGUAAUAAAACGACGAUUCAAAUCGUUUGUGUUAAUCGCUGGACAAUCGAUUUUUUAACUUGACUGAUAUCGUUUUACCACCGUUUUCUUCGACGUUCAAUAUUUCUUCCAAUCAAAUGCCAUCGCGACCAAGGUCUCUUCUACUCUGUUAAUAUUUCGACCCGACUUCGAGAUUUACGCGUGUUAUACUCAAAGUUCGAUUCGCUCUUAUUCUCGAAGACGCGUCGAUUAUAUAUUCUACCGAUAUUGCUCGAGAGGCACUAUAUAAUUCUUUGCAAGGAAAUUUUUCUGUGAAACCCUUAGAAUUCCCCCUAUGGAAUUUAGUUCCUAAUGAAAAAAAAAAAAAAAGGAAACACACACGUAGUAAUUGAAAUCAUCAUCAUCAUCAUUAUUAUCAUCAUGCGUUAAUCAGUAUUAACGAAAGUUCGUUGUCGCGCCUCCCUUGUUCACCCACACUGGCGUACGCUUUCUCUUUCACCCUUUAACACAAAGAUCCUGUUCUUUGUUCAGAAUUUAACGAACGUGUAUAUAACAUUCAACCGCUUGUGUCUUAUGAAUUUUCAUCGUAUUUUACGUGCUAACUGCCUACCAAGAAACAACAACAAAAGUACACGGAACGACACUAUGAUGACACGUGGCUUUUAAGCCAACACGCGUUUAAAGGGGAACACGUGCGAUCGAUUAUCAAAUACGAACCAUCGCGUUUCUAACCAAGAAUUACAGAGGAUUCGCUCGAUAUUUGUUAAUUUUCAAAUUCGAUCGUUCACGCGUAAUUGAUCAACACAGAAUUCUUCGGUGCGUAUGUGUAACCAAGAAAUUCGUUCAUGAAAUUUUGCUCACUUGGAACGACACUGCCAUCAUUUUUCGAGACGAGUCGACAGCAACAACGACAACAAACGUAAAAACAUCUGGAUCUUUCGGGACAACGUCGAUCGCACAGUUUCCAAUAUAUUACGGAAAUAUUCGUAAAAAUCGUUGGCGCGAGCGAGCAACGAUUUUUCACAAAUCUCGAGCACUUAACAACGCCAUAUUUAAAUGCCAAACGACAAUUGUUUAACCGUGGACCGUGGAGUUGGAAGGUGCUUGAAUCCAAUUCCACGAUCUAUCCUCUCUCUUUUCUCGAUCUUGCUAGAAGAUCCUUUUCCUAAGGUAUAAAGGGGGAAUCUUGAAACUAACUUCCGCCUCGCUCGCGUGUGAUGGAAUCAGCGAUUUUUCCCGACUAGGCCGAAGUUAGUUUCGUCGCAAGAUCGUCUCUGUUAAAAAUACUCUCUAUGUACAUGGUUCUUUAAGUAGAAUUUUUUUUUCUUCUUGUUCUUAUUCUUCUUCUUCUUCUUCUUCUUACUAUUAACUUUACCGUGUAAUUUACCGAAUCUAAGCUCCUUAGACGGGAUAUUUACGCGUCGCAUAGAAAGUUUGUCGUACGUUUAUCCACGCGUCUACGCGACGGGUGAAUAUCUUGACGCAACAGAUGCAACAUCCGUACAGUACUUCGAUGCUAAGGAUGAAUCUUUUUCGAGCGUCGUGGAGGUGCCACUUCCUGUUUUUUUUUUUUUUUUUCUUCUUUUUUAACGUUAAGCUCGUUCUUUGUAAGUUAGAGGCUGCUUAGGGGAUGGUGGAACCAUCCGCCCAAAUGAAAGUCUUUUCGAGAGAGCUGUAGCAUUGUUUAGAUGAAUAAUUAAAACGUUCAUUGCAGUCGAAAGUGAUCACAUGUAUCGUCUAGCGAGAUAAGUAAAAUAACGUAACAUCUAGUUUUUAAAACCGAAAAAUUUCACAAAUUGUACAAGCUCAAUAUUAACUUAACGACGACUGCAACGGAUCGAACGAAAGCGUUUUAAGCGUUUCUCCAGUUUUUCAAUUUAGAAAUACUUUUAGGAAUUGAUAAUAUCGAUCGGUACGAGUCCCUCGUGGGGAUUCGAUCGAAAUAUGAAUUACGGGCUUGUGCCAAUCGUUGCGCGAGUCUCUCGUUCGUAGAUCGAAGUUCGACCAUGUUUCUAAUGUUUCUUGAUCUUCAGAUUUUAGAUUUCUGAUCAAUUACUGUACCGCAAUGAUGGCACGUCGGGAUGUUGCAUUAUCCGUAGACAACCUGUUUCACAUAGUCGUUGUCAUUGCGAACAGCGAGUUUUUAACGUUAAUGUUAAUGUAACGGUAGAUUACCGCCGCCCAUGCAACGAUCUUUGAUCGAUCGUUGGCAGAUUGCCAAAAGAGAAAAAAAAAAAAAAGAAAAAAAAGAAAAAAAGAAGGGGGGGAGGGGAAAAGCGAAAAAACGAAAAUGCAAAAAAAAGAAGGGAGAGAAUACUUUGCUCGUACAUUGCUCGUACGUAAGACGUGAGAAAGUGGGAGCACAAAAAUCAUUAGAAUCUUUUUAAAAACGAUGACGAUAGGAAAGGAGAGUAGAGUAAGUGUGAGGAUCGCGUGAAAGGGGAAAAUAUCUUUGAAUGAUUGUUUGAUGAGAAUUGAGAGAAAGAGAUACGGGAGAGAAGGAAAGUCGAGAGUGAGGAGAACACGAGAAAUUUCCGCUCUAUCAUUACCGUAUUUACAUACACAUUUAGAAUAGUGGAAAAAGUAAGCUACGUUUUUAGCGUAAUAUCGACGGAAACACAGAUAUCAUCGUUGUUGUAUGUAUGUAUGGGAAAUCGAGGAACCGCGAUGUCCUUUUUUUUCUUCUUCUUCUUCUUCUUCUUUCCUUUCCUUUCUCUUUUCUUUUCUUCUUCUUUCUUUUUUCCCCUCAAGAAUGUUAAAGAAACAUGUAAUAAUCGAUUACUGUAUGGACUCGCGAGACUAUUUUAUCCGAUGGACUAUAUUAUCCGUGUCAUAAAAAAAAAAAAAAAAGGAAAAAAGUCCAUUGAAAGGAACCAGAGAACGAGUGCCGUAUAGAAAUUCGCGCGAAUCGCACGAACGAUGGAAAAAAAAAAAGAAAAAGAAAUUUACAAUUGUCGUGUGCCGUUGAAAGGCACCGCGGAAACCAUUUUUCUGGUGCUAUUUUUAUAUAUGGAAAACGUAGCCACGAUUUGAUAUCGGGCACUCCUUCUCUCUCUCUACAUUUUUGAAACGCGUCGAAUAAUAAAACGUAGGACACGAGAAUUUUCAAACUGUUGCAAGAAAGAAACACUCUUUUUACUGCCUUCUAGAUGAAAACCGUGGAAAAUAAGUUGAGAUUCUCUGAAGUCCGCCGCCCUUUCCAGUAAUCCAAGUUUUCAACAAAAAUUAAAAUUCUCAACAAUAUCUUAACGAUAUGUAAUAAUUUUUAGUUAUUUAUCAAAUAGAUAUUCAAUAAUGAAAAAAUCGUUUUUUACGUUAAAUAUUUUUGAUACGAGGAGGAAAUAGGAAUCGAGGAAAUGUUCGAUAUAUUACUAUUAGAUCUUUAAUUAAUUAUCUUAACGAAGACGCAAAAAAAGAUAUUAUUUUUACGCGAAAACAUUGAUUACUGGUUAUUAGAUGGGCAAUGGCUACUGAAUGAGUUUUAAACGAUUUAUUGUAUUAUUACAAAUAAUUAUAUACAUAUAAUUUAAUAGGGUAUCGUUAAAGAGUUUCCUUGCAUUUUCUUCGUCUGCUCAAUAUUUUUGGAAUACCCUCAAUGUUCGUGGUUGGGUGUUCUUCCUUGUUUCUUUUGCUGAACUUCAGCAGCCAUUCCAUUCGAAAUUGUUUUGUGGAAAAUCACGAGGAGAAUGGGACAAGUUUUUCGAUUCCUCGUGACUUUCCAAAAAUGCAUUUCGUUUCGAAGAAUGUCGAAUUUUUUUUUUUUUUUUUGAUCGGAGUUGUGCAAGUAUGCGAAUGCGGUGUACGCCAUCGACUAUGGUGUUUUUACGAUUCACCGAUUGUGUUUGUUAAAAUUAAUUAUUAUUAUUAUUGCUAUUACAAUGAUUAUUAUUAUUAUUAUUAUUAUGAUUAUUAUUAUUAUUAUUAUUAUUAUUAUAUUAUAAAAUGAGUGUAUCACAGUUUAAAUAUAUCUAUUUUAUAUUAAAUCAUCAA